GGUGGACCCUGUAUUAAUCGGCACACUGCCCUAUGAUCUUCUUUUCUUUUUUUCUUUUUCUUUUUCUCUUUACUUUUUCAAUUUUCCUUCUGAACUUCGGUGUAGUGUUCACCAGAGACGCCCCUUCCAAUCUUGUCUUUCGUUUGGGUUCUUGUUCUUGGCCAUUUCCCAAGAUUCCGCUGCCUGAUCUCGCCGCCCGAAGAUUAGUGCAGUCUCUUUUCUUCCUACAAGUUUCCGGCGCAGUUAAAUCCUUCCCAGUUUUUAGGUCCCCCCACCCCACCUCUGAAGGCGAUAGCAGGAUAGAAAACAGCCGUAGUGGGUAACAAUUGAAGAGAAAAGAGGAUGACCCAGAUCGUAAUUGUAUAAAAUACUUAAAGUUUUGCUCGUCUCUCUACCUUUUUUUUUUUCUCUCCCCCCCCUGUAGGUGGAAUCGCAGCUGUUCGAUAAUGAGCUUUGUACUGUUUUUGUCGAGCCGGGCCUGCUGCUGAUUACGAUAGUCCUUCCAUCAUAUUGUUCAAGUAUUCUUCGUUUCUUUUUGUUUCACUCUUCUGUGUCGCUAGUUUUGGAGAAUAGUUUGAAAUGGAGAGAAAGCAAGGAUUCUUCUCGGCGCUAAAGGGGGAGAUAGUAAGAGGGCUUUCACCUGGAAGGUCAAGAGCGAAAAGUCCGGCGAGAAGUGCGUCCCCCAUGUCGAGUUUACUACGGCGGAGGAAGACCCACCAACUGUCGCAACCGGACUUGAUGAUUGAGAGAUCAGGAAGCUUAAGGCCAGAGGAGGCAUUGUCACCGUUGAAGGAAGGGCCCGACGGGAACGAGAGCAGAGAUUCAAAGGAGGGGAAAUGGGGAAACUGGAUGAGGGGUCAGCUUUGUAGGGCACCUUCUGCUGUUUCUUGCUCUGCCCAGAAACGAUCUGAUCUGAGGCUGCUGCUUGGGGUUUUGGGUGCUCCGUUAGCUCCUGUUCAUGUUAGCUCCGCCAAGCCUCUGCCCCACCAAGCCAUUAAAGACAUCCCCAUUGAAAAUUCAUCUGCUCAGUAUAUAUUGCAGCAGUACACAGCAGCCUCGGGAGGGCAAAAACUUCAAAAUUCUGUAUGCAAUGCCUAUGCCAUGGGAAAGGUAAAAAUGAUAGCAUGUGAGUUUGAAACAGCUAACAAAGUGGUCAGGACCCGUAAUUCCUCUAAAGAUGCAGAGUCGGGCGGGUUUGUUUUGUGGCAAAUGAAGCCAGAUAUGUGGUAUGUUGAGCUUGCUCUUGGUGGUAGCAAGGUUCAUGCUGGUUGCAAUGGAAAGCUAGUGUGGAGGCACACGCCUUGGCUUGGCGCUCAUGCCGCCAAAGGGCCUGUUAGACCCCUUCGCCGUGCCCUUCAGGGUCUUGAUCCAAAAACUACAGCAAGCAUGUUUGCUAAUGCAAGAUGCAUUGGAGAAAAGAGUGUUAAUGGUGAAGAUUGUUUCAUCCUCAAGCUCUGUACAGAUCCAACAACAUUGAAGGCAAGAAGUGAAGGACCUGCAGAGAUAAUCAGGCACACUAUGUUUGGAUGCUUCAGCCAGAAAUCAGGCCUCCUUGUACAUUUAGAAGAUUCACAUUUAACCCGAAUCCAAAACAACGGGGGCGAUGCUGUGUAUUGGGAAACCACGAUUAAUUCGUUUCUUGACGAUUACCGACAAGUCGAGGGGAUUAUGAUUGCUCACUCGGGUCGAUCUGUAGUAACCCUUUUCAGAUUUGGGGAAACAGCCAUGAGCCAUUCAAAAACCAGGAUGGAAGAAGCUUGGACUAUAGAGGAAGUAGCAUUCAAUGUACCUGGGCUGUCCAUUGAUUGUUUCAUCCCCCCUGCUGAACUUAGAUAUGCUUCCAUGAGCGAGGCCUGCGAUUCCUCUCGAGGUCAUCAUGGCUUUAAGAACGCUAUGGCAGCAACAGCUUAUCGGGCCAAAGUCGCAGCAUUAGACAAGAAUCAGGGCAACAAGGUUAAAGUUAUCUGGAAACCAGAGAUCUGAACCAGCUCCCAACAACUCUCCAAGGAUGGUGAUAUUUCUAAACAAAUCUCCUUUUAUGAAACAUCGCCAUCUAAACAUAAUUAUUAACCAUGAUAUUGAAAAUGAUUAAGGAACGUGUUCCUCGUGAUAAACGCAGUUCUAUGACGUCAAUUCUUUUUGUAAGGAAAAA